CAUCAACAUUUUCUUGCGAAGUUUAAAAUAAUUCUGCGUUUAAAUACCAAGUCGAAAGCGAAACGCCGAAUGAAAACCAAUUUUCCUCGGUCUUAACGAGAUCUGCUAGGAAGAUGAAGAUUCUGGCUAAGUUCAAGACAAUAUCAGAAUGUUUUUUGGGUACUGCAUCGUGUUGAUUUUACUAUCACGAGGCACCACUGGAAUCCAAAACGGCGUCGAUGCACGGCUCGAUUUCUGGACAUUCAUAGCCUCUGUGUGGGUAAAUGGUCAUCAAGAGUGCGGAGGCAGUGUCAUCGAUAAUCGAAUUAUCCUGACGGCAGCCCAGUGUGUGAAAGGCAUUCCCCUGAAAAAUUUAACUAUACGCGUGGGUACGCCAGAUCUCUAUAAGGGUGGAACAAUUAUCGCCGUGACUGCAAUGAUAGUGCAUGAAAAGUAUCGAGAGUUGAAAAACGACAUUGCAUUGCUGUGGCUUAAGACAUCUGCCACCUCCGAUAGAGUUACCAAAAUUCCACUGAGCACCAGCGAGCCCUCUGAAAAAGAGUACCCGAGCAACGCAGGAUGGGGCGAAAAGCAACUGGAGGCCUUUGUGGCGCCAAGGAAACUGCAAAACGGAGUUACCAAAAUCCAGCCACGACAGCUUUGCAUCGAUGAGCUUAUUGAACCGAUUGGCAAUGAGCUACUCUGCUCCUUCUACAGCCAAAACGACAUUUGUCCCGGCGACUAUGGAGGUCCUCUGGUCCUGGCCAACAAACUGAUCGGCAUCGCCAUCCAAGGACAUGGCUGUGGAUAUGUCAAUCUGCCCUCCCUCUACACAAAUGUCUUUCACUACCUACGAUGGAUUGAUCAGAACUCCAAAAGAUCAAGAAAAAUAAAUAGAAUAUUAGCUAAAACGUUUAAAACAUAUUUAAGGAAGAUUUUUAAUCUAACAACAAUUUAUUUCAUUUGUUUAACAAAUCAAAAUUAAAAGCUGUUAAUGCAGAUAUCAUUUAAAAGGCUACAACUUUU